AUGGUGUCACGUGGAUUCUCCCCUACUGUUGUGAGCUACGGAAUUUUGAUGCAGUGCUGCUGCAGCCAAGCUGAUUCUGUUGGUGCACGCAAGCUAUUUGAUGAAAUGCGCCACCGCAAAAUUGAACUAACUGUUGUGGUUUACACUAUUAUGAUCCGUGUUCUUUGCAACAAGGGUCGAAUGGGAGAUGCCGAGGGCGUCUUCCAUUUGAUGAGGGAAUUCGGAGUGGCGCCUAAUUUGUACACUUAUAAGACUCUCAUGGAUGGUUAUGGCAAGGUAGCUAAUGUGAUCCUGGUUUUUGAGUUGUAUGCUGAAAUGCUCUGGCAUGGAUUGCACCCUAAUGUUGUCACAUUUACUACUAUGAUAGAUAUUCUGUGCAAGGUGGUGAAAUUUGGAAUUUUGGUGGCUGGCAGCAGUAGAGAAAGACGAAGGAUGAGGGAGAGCCUGAGGGAGCCGGAGAGUGCUGUCUGCCGUCAAGGAAGUCGCCUAUCGUCGCUCGAAGUCGUUCAUUCAUCGCCGUCGCAGGGUCGCCAUUGCAACAAAGCCAAAGCCGAGCAGCAAUCCCAUCCAGUCUGUCGUCGAGCAGCAAUCCAUUUGCCGAGCAGCAGUCUGUCGUCGGGCAGCAAUCUAGUGGCCGAGCAAGUCGCCAGUGGCCGAGCAGUCCAACUCGAGCAGCACUCCAGUCAUCGAGCCCUCUCCUGCAAAAAGCAACUGAACAAUGUCUUCUUCGGAGAAAUUUCACCAACCGGGGAAGAUUAUGAUGAGUCUGGUGUAGAUUCAGAUUAA